AUGACAAGUUUAAUAACACUUUCCCUCCACGGCACAUCACUUGGUUUAGACGACCAAAACCUUAAAGAGAAGAUUAAGUCGAUUGAAGCAAAACUCGUCGAGUCCGAAACAAAAGAGAAAACAUUGAACGACGCUUUAGACGCACUUCUGAAGAGAAUAGAAAGUGCGGAGGAACGAUCCAAACUAGUAACUUCUCUCGAAGCCAAAGUCAAUGCGCUCGAAGUUGAAAAUAAAACUCUUCGUAGUGAAUUAGAAGCGAAGGCCAAAGAACACACCGAAGCCGUAGUCAAGCUUCAAAGUGAUUUCAGUGCUUUUAAAACGACUCUGAAAGACAACGAAGGGAAGAUCGAGUGUGUCAUUUGUAAAGAGUUAAUACCAAUGAAGGACAUCAUUACACACAUCAAUGCACAUGGCCCUCAAAGUGGCUUCACUCAAGCCCCAAACCUUCCUAUGAUCUUCCCUUCACAUACUAGAAAUGCUGUUGUGUCAAAGAACACUAUCGUUCCUGUUGUCCCAAGCACCAGUGUUAACCCAUUACCUUUGCCAAUAGUUCAACCAUUCCCAAUUCCUCCAUCCCAAGCAGAUCCAAAGCCCGUAGAAUUAGUUGAGUGCCCAAUUUGUGGAAAGAAAUUCUCAGAGGGAGAAAUAGCUAAACACGUCGAUGGCCAUUCGGGAACACAAUUUGAGUGUCCCUUCUGUUUUAAAGACUUGGGAAAUGCUCAGAGUUUGCAACACCAUGUAGAGACCGAACACCAAUAA